CCUCCCUUUCUUUGCUAUGCUUUUUGAAUCUAUAAAAGAUCACCUGGCGAGGUGUGGAGUUUGGUUCAAGAGAAGAGGGAGGAAGAAGGAUGAAAAGGAUCGAACUGCCGAGUGUACUCUGCGCUGUCUUCAUCGCCACUCUACCGCGACCUUCUGACAGCCAGUUGUACUUAAUAACAGUACCGAAAAUGAUCAUUCCUGAGAGCAUCCAAAGACUUACUGUGGACCUGCUAAAGGACAGUCCUCCUCAGGUGAAUGUGACUGCAGAGAUUCACAGCGAUGGACAUCUUCUUCUGAGUGCUGAAAACAAUUUCCAAAGAGGUACCCUUGGAAUGCUUUUUCUCCCACCCAUUUCAUUGGGGGUUACAGGCCCCCAGGUUACCUUGACAGUAAGUGGCUAUACAGAGGGUGAGCUGGUUUUCUCUGAAAGUACACAAGUGGAUAUUGCAGUUAAAACCUUCACAACCUUCAUCCAGACAGACAAGCUACUCUACAAACCUGGGGAUGAAGUGAAACUAAGAAUUAUAUCAGUAUAUCCUGAUCUGAAGGCUUAUGAGGGCCAGAUAAAUGUAACAAUUAAGGAUCCUAGCUCUAAUAUGGUGCAGCAGUGGAUAUCAGAAGAUGGCUAUCUUGGUGUUGUUUCGAAAACAUACCAACUGACAGACAAUUCUCUUCUUGGUAGCUGGGCCAUUCAAGUCACACUAAACGAACUCUCGACUACAAAAGAGUUUACAGUGGCUCAGUAUGUGCUGCCAAAGUUUGAAGUAACGCUGGAUGUUCCAUCAAUCUACUGUUUAUCAAGCAUGAAGACUUUUUCUGGAACAGUUCAUGCCAAAUACACUUAUGGAAAACCAGUAAAGGGUACUGUAAAUGUAACACUUUACUUACAAAGACAAUAUUUUGAUGCAUAUCCAAUAAUGGUCAAUACUUUAAAUAUUACCGGUUCGGCUAAUUUCACUUUUUCGUAUCCUGAUAUAGACUUAGAGGUACUAAAUGAGACUGAGAAUUAUUUAUCUUUUUGGAUAAAUGCCAGUGUCGUGGAAUCUUUAACAGGAAUAACUCAGAGUGUAAACAGGUCUGUGACCAUAACUAAUGCUGAAUACAAUUUGGAAUUUAUUGAGAAACCUACAGUGCUGAGACCAUCACUAAACUUUACAACAUAUCUGAAAAUUUCAUUUUAUGAUGGCCAGCCUUUAAGUGAAGAGGAAAUUGGAAGAAAUGUAACUUUUUCUAUAAUUCAGUCAUUGUCAUUAUUUUCUAACAGUUGGGGGGCUGUUCGAAUGAAAGAAAAUGCACAGAUACAGAACAUUCAAUCCGAAAUUCCUAAAAAUGGCAUUAUAAAGCUUGAAUUCCCUCUUGAUAUCAAUAUUAAAUCUUUAACCAUCAAGGCUAUUUUCAGUGGUGCUGAACAGACGCUCAAUGUUUUCAAUGUGCUUAACUCUCCUAGUCAGUCUUAUCUUAAACUUCACGUAGGAAGCUUGCAUAUUAAGGUUGGAACAUCUUUUCUCCUAACUGUUCACAGCAAUUUUAUGAUACCUAAACUGAGAUAUUUGGUUAUUUCAAAAGGAAAUACCAUCUUAGCUGCCCAAAGCUCGGAGUCUUCUUUUUUUCUCACAGCCACUUACUCUUGGGCUCCUGUUGCCAGUGUGCUUGUGUAUUAUGUCAGAGAUGAUGGAGAAGUUGUCAGUGACCAAGUACAAAUAUCUAUUACAGAUAUCUUCCAAAAUAAGGUUAACCUUUCAUGGAGCAACAAACAGGUCCAGCCAUCUAAUGCAGUUUCACUUCAAGUCAAAGUUACUGAGCCUAAUUCUUUGGUUGGGAUUUUAGUUGUUGAUAAAAGUGCAAAAUUACUUGGGGAUGCAAAUGAACUCUCUGAAGACAUGGUUGCCAAAGAUCUGGCUCUAUAUGGUACAAACAAUCAAAACAGUAAUUUCCAAGAAAAUGACAGAUCUUUCUCUGUAUUUGAGACAUCGAACCUAAAGGUGAUGACUGAUGCCAUGCUGCCACCUGAUGUGAUUACAUUUACAGGCAUAUCUGCAAUGGAUUAUGUGUUUGCUGCCACUGAUAAGAGUCUUCCUGAAUCAUCUACCACAGAAACAAAAACAAUCAGGAGCAAUUUCCCCGAGACCUGGAUCUGGAAUGUAACAUAUACAGGGGCCUCAACAACUGUUGACAUGGAUGUGGUUGCUCCUGACACUAUCACUUCUUGGAUAGCCAGUGCUUUUGUUAUGUCAGAAAAUCUUGGUCUAGGUCUGACUAGCAUUUCAGAAGAGCUGGUGGUUUUUCAGUCAUUCUUCAUAUCUCUAAAUCUCCCAUACUCUGUUAUAAGAGGAGAAGAGCUUGUUCUUGAUGUAAUCCUCUUUAACUACCUGAAUCAUUCCAUAGAGGUGAUGGUGAAUGUAACACCAAGUGACGAUUUUCAGUUUGUGAUUUCUUUAAAUGACACCACUAUGUUACCAAACAGACAAAAAGUGUAUAUACCAAGUCAGGAAGGUGUAAUGGCCAAGUUCCCUGUCAGACCCAUUAAACUGGGGGUCAUCCCAAUCACUGUGCAAGCAGCUUUCUCCAACUCUUCAGAUACAGUCAUUGAAAAAAUCCUUGUCAAGGCGGAAGGCAUUCAGCAAUCAUUUUCACAAUCGGUUAUUUUGAGUCCUGCUGGAGGUCAACAGCAAAAUGUCACCAAAGUUUUAAAUUUUACUUUACCUUCAGAUACUGUACAGGACAGUGCAUCAGCUUUUGUGACAGUUGUUGGAGACAUUAUGGGACCUUCUAUAAGCGGGCUGGAGUAUCUCCUCCAGAUGCCUUGUGGUUGCGGCGAGCAGAACAUGAUCAUGUUUGCCCCCAACAUUUAUGUUCUCCAGUAUUUAAUGAAUACAAAACAAGUGAACCAAGAUAUUUUUAAUAAUGCCAUCAGAUUUAUGACACAAGGCUAUCAGGGAGAGCUACGGUACCAAAGAGCGGAUGGCUCAUUUAGUGCUUUUGGAGAUUCAGAUUCCUCAGGAAGCACCUGGUUGUCUGCGUUUGUACUCAAAUGCUUUUUGCAAGCUCGUCCAUUUAUCUUUAUUGAUCCAAUGGUACUGGACAAAACAAUUGCAUGGCUUGUAAAACAGCAGAAUUCCAAUGGAGCCUUCAAUGAGCCUGGUAGAGUAAUACACACCGAACUGCAGGGCGGACAUAACGGCCCCAUCACACUUACAGCUUAUGUUCUGAUUGCUCUCUUGGAAGAUGGAGUAGUCAAGAGUGUACACAAAAGGGAGAUUUUGUCUGCUGUUUCCUACCUGGAACACAGGUAUUUGGAAGGCAUCUCAGAUAAUUACACUUUGUCUAUACUGACAUAUGCAUUGUCAUUGGCUGACAGCUCUAACGCCAUGAAUGCAUUGGAUGAGCUGAAUAGAAGAGCAGAUAAAAGAGGUGGCUCAAUGUUUUGGAGUUCUCCUCCUAUUGGCCAAGCUGGUUGGUGGCAACCUCGCUCUUCUGACAUAGAACUGGCCGCCUAUGCCCUUUUAUCGCAUUAUACGCACGUCAAGCUUAAUGAAGGAGCCCUGGUUAUGAAAUGGCUGAGUCAGCAGAGGAAUCAUCUUGGAGGAUAUUCAUCCACGCAGGACACUGUGAUCGCCUUACAAGCUCUGUCUCAAUUUGCAGCUCACUUCAGCUCAAGUAAUACCAGCCUUAGUGUUUCAGUUGCCAUUGCUGGUACAGAAGAACCAAUAAUGUUCAGAAUUAAUUCAGAAAAUCUUUUAGUGCUUCAGAGCCAGAAGAUUAAAACUCAGAAAAAUAUGCAGCUUACUGUCAAAGCAUUUGGAACAGGGUUUGCCAUUUUUCAGAUGAAUAUCUUCUUCAACUUAAAAAGCCAAGUAGCAUCAAGACGAAGAAGAGCUGCAGACCUUAAUGAAGCUUUUGAGCUGGAUAUCAGCGUCUUUGACAGCCUUGGGGAUAUUGAUCAUCUAUAUUUAAAUAUAUGUACAAGGCUUAUAGAAAAUCAAUAUACUAAUAAAACUGGAAUGGCAAUGAUGGAAGUGGGCUUGCUAAGUGGAUUUUUGGUUGAUCAAGAUGCUAUUCCAACAGAUAAUCUGAUCAAAAAAGUAGAAGUUGACAUGCAAAAAGUUAAUAUAUACUUGGACUCUUUAAAUACAUCAAUGAUUUGUUUGAACAUUCCACAAAGGAGAGUGUUUAAUACAGCAGGUUCACAGGAUGCAACUGUAGUAGUGUAUGACUACUAUGAGCCAGGGAGAAAAUCUACAAGAACCUACAAUUCAGAAGUAAUGAAGAAAUUGAAAUCUUGUGACCUGUGUGGUGCGUCAUGUGAUGACUGCUUGUCUAAUGUCUAUGUUGGACUUGAAACUCCUUCAUACUAUAAUCCUGCUCUAGUAUCUGGCACUGCAGCUGUUCUACCUUUUAAUAUUGCUAUCUAUGCUUUUCUAUGUUUUAUCAUUCUGUGCAAUGCUAUCUAGAAAGAAAAUCUCUAUAAAAAUAAUUUCAUUUGAAUUAAUAUAAGAUUACAAUUUAAUGAAAGCAGUAAAAUUGGGUGAGGUAGUGUCGUCUUUGAAAAUGCUUUUAGUAACGUAUAUACAGUUGCAUACAAUAGUUUAGUCUUUAUAUUCAUAGAUGCUUGAUGGAAUUAAAUUGAAAAAUGCUGUUUUGUAAAAUUAAAUAAUUAACACUUGAAGACCCCAAACCACACUAUGAAACCUAGAUGUGUGGAGUGAUGAUCUAUCAGGAGUAUGACAAAUAAAUUCUUCCUUUUUUUGAUUGCCCUCAUUUUUGAUAAACCAUGUAAGAACAAAUUACAUUUUCGCUGUCAAAUAUAUGCAUUGAUUUGUGUUUGUUGUUGUAGUUUGCUUGUCCGCCACUUGAUGGCAGAUGAGUUCUAUUUCCAAUAGCAAAAUCAUUUUAUGUCUUGCAUGUAUUCAGAGAAAUGUGCUGCUGAGCUGUGCCUGUAUUGCUUGAACAUGCCUUCACAUCUCUUAUUCGGAGGAAACUGAAGAUCAUUCACUCAUUAUUCAUUAAUUCAUAAAUCAUUUAAUAGUUCCCAUGUACAUAAUUUAAGCAAAAUGAACUUCACUGGAAUUUUAAACACCGUCUACCGUACAUCCCCCAGUCCAAAGACAUACAGGUUAGGUGCAUUGGCGAUCUUAAAUUGUCCCUAGUGUGUGUUUGGUGUGUGGA